UCCACCUUCAUCCUGCUGGGCAUCCCUGGCCUGGAAUGGGCCCAUGUCUGGAUCUCCAUCCCCUUCUGCAUCAUCUAUGCCAUUGCCUUCUUGGGGAACUUCACCAUCAUGUUCAUCGUGAAGACAGAACCGAGCCUCCAUGAGCCCAUGUACUAUUUCCUCUGCAUGCUGGCCAUCUGCGACUUGGGUGUUUCUUCCUCCACUGUUCCCAAAACACUGAGCAUCUUCUGGUUCAAUGCCAGGGAGAUCAAUUUCAAUGCCUGCUUCACCCAGAUGUUUUUCUUUCACUGCUUCACUGUGGUGGAGUCUGGGGUGUUUGUGGCCAUGGCCUUUGAUCGCUACGUGGCCAUCUGUAAUCCCCUGAGACAUUCCACCAUCCUGACGAACUCUGUGGUGGCCAAAAUUGGCCUGGGCGUGGUAAUACGUGGUUUCAUGAUCGUAUUGCCGCAGCCCUUGCUGGCCAGGCAGUGGCCGUAUUGCAGAACCAACGUCAUCCCCCACACAUACUGCGAGCACAUCGCUGUGGUGAAGCUGGCCUGCGCCAACAGCAACAUCAGUAGUUCCUUUGGCCUCUUUCAGGCAUUCUUUGUGGCUUGUCUGGAUUUGUUUCUCAUUGCCGUGUCCUACACCCAGAUCCUCAAGGCCAUCUUCCGCCUCCCCACCAAGGACGCCCAAAUCAAGACUUUUGUGACCUGCGGCUCCCACCUCUGCGCCAUUUUAGUCUCUUAUGUCCCUGCUCUCUUCUCCUAUCUGAGUCACCGUAUUGGCCAGAAUGUGCCCCUGUAUUUCCACAUUCUCAUUGCCAACGUGUACCUCCUGGUGCCCCCCAUGCUGCACCCCAUCAUCUAUGGGGUGAGGACCAAGCAGAUCCAGGACAGGCUGCUCCAGGUCAUUGCUCAUAAAGGGACCUAA